AUGAGAGGGCAGGAGCUGUCAGCCAUGGCCUGGGCCUUUGGAACGUGGUCGGCGCUCGAUGCUGCGCUCAUGGCGUUGGUCAUAUCCCGCGCUAGGGACAUCGACUUGUCCUGCCAAGACGUGGCCAACCUUUACUGGGGCUUUGGCAAGUUGCUGGCAGGUGAUGGGCUAACGGCCAUGGAAGCUGCAGCGCUUCCGAAGAUCUCCAGGUUCAACACACAAGAGCUGAGCAGCAUAGCACAGGCUUCAGCCACCCAACUGAGCUGCGACUCGCAGCUCGUGAGUGCUAUCGCAGAAGAAGCAGCACGGCGAGGGGAGGGCGGAGAGAUCUUUGGCCCUCAGAGCUUGCCUUGCGCCCGAGCGGGCCCUUGGGUGGGUGGCCCCGGCUCCAGCAGCUUCUUCGCCGGCGGCAGGCGACGCUGGCGAAGCGUUGGGCCCGGUGCUGCUGGCGUGCCUGUGCCAAGUGAUCCUGAUGAUGUGACCCGCUGGGAGGUUGGCAAGGGAGGCGUCACCGACCUCUCGCCCAACGUGCCCGGGCGGCUCCUGCUGCGAUCACCAGAGGUCCCGAAGGAGGCCACCGCGCCGGCGGAUGGCGCCGAGGUGACGUUCAACAUCGAGGUCUUCGAUUUGUCAGCACGAACGCGAGGACCUGCAGCUCUCUCCUGCCAAUCUUUGCGGGCGCAGCUGGGCAGUGGCGAGGUGCGACUGCCGGAGGAGUUGGAGUGGGGUAGCCCAGAUGGACCCUGGAUUUGUGGCAGUCAGUGA